CGAAUUACAGUUUUCCCUUUUCUCAACCCAAAACCCAUGGCUGCGAUCAGGACCGGACCCACCCCUACUGCAGUAGGCUAAGCGAAGUCAGCCUCAGGACUUGAAGCCAUCCCAGCCUCAUAGCCUCACUGUGGAUUUUCUUCCCAUGGGAUGGAAUUGAAAGCCAGUGCAAUAAGAUAAGGAUUUAAAGCCCCACCUUUGAUUUCCCCCUCUCCACUGCCCAUGAAUAGGCUCUAUCAACAAUACGCUAUCACCUUCACCUGCGACUCCGAAAACUUUCUUGGGUCCUUGUAUUUUCUUCUCUUUUCUUUUUAGACAUUAAUACUUGCUAAAGGUGUUUGAGCAGGUGAAUGGAGAGCUUAUUUUAAAGCAGCUUUUCAAUUCAAGUAAACAUGACAACCAUUGUCCCAAGUUCUACAAGCACUGUUUCUCUCAUUCAUGGAACUGCCUUUACAAUAAAGAAAAAUAAUCGCCUCACAAAAUGCAGUUUGUCAAGGAAAUCUUCAAAGCUUACACUAUCCUCACAAAGAUUAGUAUUUCCUCUUUUGACAUCUGCUGGAUUGUUCCCACAGUACAGAAGGAAUUGUGCAUCACUUCAUAGAUCUAUAGUGCAUACUGUAUCAGCAACAGGGACUGAUACUGAUGUUGUGGUAGAGGAGCCAGAUUCACCUGUUGCAGAUGAAGACUCUGACGGAGCCUCAGAAAUUCCAGCAGAUGCGGUUGAAUCAAGUGAAAAAUCCUCCAUCAGGUCAGAUGCCAAUCCUGCUUUAGCUCAAUCAAGACGUUCAAGACCCAGUAGGAAAAGUGAAAUGCCACCAGUGAAGAAUGAGGACCUUAUUCCUGGUGCAACAUUUACUGGGAAAGUGAGAUCAAUCCAACCAUUUGGUGCUUUUGUUGAUUUUGGAGCUUUCACAGAUGGUCUAGUACAUGUUUCCAGGUUAAGUGAUAGCUUUGUUAAGGAUGUUGGAAGUGUUGUAUCUCUCGGCCAAGAGGUGACAGUGAGAUUAGUUGAAGUAAACACUGAGACGGGGCGUAUUUCUCUUACUAUGCGUGAAAGUGACAGUACCAGCAAGUCUCUUCAACAAAGAGAUUCUCCUGGUACUGCCAGCAGUGACAAGCCAAGGCCUGCUCGAAGGAACACACCAAAGCCUAGCCAGAGAAAAGAAGUGAAGACCUCGAAGUUUGUUAAAGGGCAGGAACUGGAUGGCACAGUGAAGAAUUUGACCAGGUCUGGUGCUUUCAUCUCUCUCCCUGAGGGUGAGGAAGGAUUCUUGCCUGGAUCAGAAGAAUCUGAAGAUGGAUUUCUAAACAUAAUGGGGGGCUCAUCACUGCAGGUUGGCCAGGAAGUUAGCGUAAGGGUAUUGCGUGUUGCCAGGGGACAGGUUACCUUGACAAUGAAGAAGGAAGAGGAGAAUAAGUUUGAUCAGGAACUUAUCCAAGGGGUUGUCCAUAAUGCAACAAACCCUUUUGUUCUGGCUUUCCGUAAGAACAAGGAUAUCGCUGCAUUUUUAGAUGAGAGGGAAAAAAUGGAGAAAGUGGCCAAAAAACCUGUGAAACCAAAGACCUCAGUGGAAGUAGGACUGGUUAACCAGACUGAAGCUGUGUCUGAUAUGCCAGAAGUUCCGGGUCAGCUUUCAAGCAGUAAUGAGGGAUCAGUUGGUGUCUCUUCUAUGGUGGUUGAAACAGUAGAAGAGGUUGACACUACUCCAAGAGAAGUCACUACUGGAUCCAGUAGUGCUGGUGAUGACGAGGAGCCAGAAAGCAUAGAGUCAAGAGUAUCACAAAGUGUUGAAGGAGUGGUUGAAACUGUAGAGGAGGCUGAAGCUGCUACAAAAGAAGUUGCCAUGGGGUCCAGUAGUACUGGAAAUGAUGAACAGCCAGAAAGCAUAGAGUCGAGCAUAUCACAAACUGUUGAAGGAGUUACUGAAACAGUAGAGGAAGCUGAAGCUACUCCAAAAGAAGUUGCUGUGGGAUCCAGUAGUGCUGGAGAUGACAAGGAGCCAGAAAGCAUUGAGUCAAGCGCGUUACAAAGUGUUGAAGGAGUGGUUGAAACUGUAGAGGAGGCUGGAGCUGCUCCAAAAGAAGUUGCCAUGGGGUCCAGUAGUACUGGGAAUGAUGAACAGCUAGAAAGCAUAGAGUCAAGCAUAUCACAAAGUGUUGAAGGAGUUAUUGAAACCGUAGAGGAAGCUGAAGCUACUCCAAAAGAAGUUGCUGUGGGAUCCAGUAGUGCUGGAGAUUAUGAAAAGCCAGAAAGCAUAGGGUCUAGCUCAUCACAAAGUAUUGAUGGGGCACUUCAAACUAUAGAGAAAGAAGCAGAGGAACGUUCUGGGAUUUUGAAUUCUGAAGGGAGUGCAUCUGCUUUGGAUAAGAUAAUUGAUGAGGCUUCUUCGACCGACGGGGUCGAAGAUGGAAAAUCAGGCUUAUCUGGAGAAAAAGUUGAUCAGCCUGGUGAUGCCAUAGCAAACGAUGGAGUGCAAAUACAAACUCCUAGUGUGGAGAAUGAAAUUUCUUCUACUUCACCAGUUGGUGAUGAAGGCAUGGGAGAAACAAGCCCUGAUGAAAAUGGCAGUAUUACUGACUCAGGUGCGCAAGCAGACAUUCUUUCUCCUCUGGAGGCUAAAGAAAGUCAGGAUAUUGAGGCAGUAGUGGAGGACCAAGUUGAAAACACCAAGGAUGAAGUGGAGGUUCAAACAUCUGUUGCUGAGGCUGAAAUUCCUUCUACUGUACAAAUUGAAAAUGAAAAAGUAGAAACUGUCCCUGAGAAAACUGGCACUUUUGGAGAUUCAAAUGGACAAAGCAGCAGUCCUUCCCCUGAGGAGAGUGUCGCUAAAGCAACCAUAUCACCAGCUCUGGUGAAGCAGCUUCGUGAAGAAACAGGAGCAGGAAUGAUGGAUUGCAAGAAAGCCCUCUCAGAGACUGGAGGGGAUAUCAUUAAAGCUCAGGAGUUACUCAGGAAGAAAGGAUUAGCAAGUGCAGAAAAGAAAGCCAGCAGAGCCACAGCUGAAGGAAGAAUUGGCUCUUACAUUCAUGAUAGCAGGAUUGGAGUCCUUGUAGAGGUGAACUGUGAAACAGAUUUCGUCUCCCGGGGUGACAUUUUCAAGGAGCUGGUAGAUGACAUAGCCAUGCAGGUGGCAGCAUGCCCUCAAGUACAGUACCUUGCUACUGAAGAUGUUCCCGAAGUGAUUGUGAACAAGGAAAAAGAAAUUGAGAUGCAGAAAGAAGAUCUCCUAUCAAAACCUGAGCAGAUCAGAUCAAAGAUUGUAGAAGGACGAAUCAGGAAGAGACUCGAGGAGCUGGCAUUGCUGGAACAGCCGUAUAUUAGGAAUGAUAAGAUUGUGAUAAAGGACUGGGUGAAACAGACAAUUGCAACUAUUGGAGAAAAUAUAAAAGUGAAGAGGUUUAUUCGCUACAAUCUUGGUGAGGGCUUGGAGAAGAAAAGUCAGGAUUUUGCUGCUGAGGUAGCUGCACAAACUGCAGCAAAACCAGUUACUGCACCAGCAACAGAGCAGCCUGCUCCAGCAGAAGCGAAGGAAACUAUUCAGAAGCCACCAACAGUAACAGUUUCUGCUGCACUUGUUAAACAACUGAGAGAAGAAACAGGAGCUGGUAUGAUGGACUGCAAGAAAGCGCUGUCCGAAACUGGAGGAGACCUUGAGAAGGCACAGGAGUAUCUCAGAAAGAAAGGUCUUUCAACUGCCGACAAGAAAUCUAGUCGGCUUGCAGCUGAAGGCAGAAUUGGCUCCUAUAUUCAUGAUUCCCGCAUUGGAGUUCUGAUUGAAGUCAACUGUGAAACUGACUUUGUGGGUAGAAGUGAAAAAUUCAAGGAAAUGGUUGAUGAUCUAGCCAUGCAAGUUGUGGCAUGCCCACAGGUGCAGUUUGUGUCCAUUGAGGAUGUCCCAGAGAGCAUUGUGAAGAAGGAGAAGGAGCUUGAGAUGCAAAGAGAAGACCUUUUGUCGAAACCAGAGAACAUAAGAGAGAAGAUUGUUGAGGGCAGAGUCUCAAAGAGACUUGGGGAGCUUGCUCUUCUAGAGCAACCGUUCAUCAAGAAUGAUAGUGUUUUGGUGAAAGACUUGGUUAUGCAGACUGUUGCUGCUCUUGGGGAGAACAUAAAAGUGCGGAGGUUUGUUCGAUUUACUCUUGGGGAGAGUACUGAAGAUAAGAAAACACAAACUGAAGCCUGAGGAAAAAAAAUUUUCAGUUUUUUGGUGCCUUUGUGUCUGCUAUAUAUCUCUCUCUUCAAUUUUCAUAAUUCAUAUGGUUUUAUGAUAUGUUUUUUGAACAAUAAUUAAUGGGAUCAAACAGGCUAGCUAUUUCAUUUUAAUUACAGUCAGUGCAGUAUCUUAUGUGCUCCGGCUUUUCACAAAAUCUUGGAUUCUUUAUUUUCUUUUAAUUGAUUAUUAUGCAGGCCAUUGUCUUUGAUGAGCAAAGUUA